UUGUUCACUUCACACUUCAGCGUAAUAAUCACUAUUCAGUUGUCAUUUGUCAUUCUUUAGGUUUUGAUUGUUUGCUGCACGAUAUAAUCCUUAUUUAUUUUUAAAAUAAUUAAGUAUUUUAAAUUAAAAACGAUUUACUAGUCAAAAUAUUUUUAUAAGUGCAAGUUAAACUAAACCAACAAUUUUCGUUAUCGUUACAGUGCUGUAAAAAAAGUGUUAGUUGCAGUUUAUUUAUUUUUGAAUGAAAAAAUAAAUCUUGCAUUUUCUGAAUACCUUCAUGAGUCUAAAAAAAAUUAAAACAGCAGUGUAAAAGUGAGAUAAAAUAGCGCGCAAAUGCAAUACGUCUUCGAGAAAAUAUCGAUGUGUGGAUUGGACCCGGAGGUUUGUGUUCGGUGGGAUUAUGUUAUUUCUCAGUGCCUUAGCGAUUGGAAUGAUAACUGGCCUGCAGAAUGUUACCACAGAGUUGACGAGCACGGACAGUGACGUCGCUUCCACGACGGUUUCGGACAUGGGGCUUAUCGAGACGUCGAAAGCGCCCGAGACUAGCGACUUCGUGAAUGUGACGAUACAGGAGCGGCCCUCGAUGUGGGAUUUGUACCUGAACCACUGCCCGCGGUGGAGGCCGAUAAAUCAUAUAUUUUUCCAAGUGUCGAACGUAUUUUUUUUGUUAUCGUUCCUCGCGCCCCAUACUCCGACGGGUCUGAUAUGGUUGCGUGUGUCGCUGAUCCUCGGGUGCGCGUUCUCUGGCCUCUGGGCUUGGAGCAUCGAAUGCUACUUGGAUGCUGUGCUCUGGAACAGUGCAUUUGUGAUCAUAAACUUCAUAUAUUUUGCGAUACAGUUCUACUUGAUGAGACCUAUAAAGUUUCAUAAGGAAAUUGAGGAGGUAUACACAGCACUGUUCAAACCGCUGCGCGUCUCCCGCCGCCAGUUCCGGCGCGUGCUGAUGUGCAUGCGCAACGUGCGACACCUCAAGUGCCACGAGCUGUACGCGCACGAGAAGGUCACCAAGGUGGACAGCCUGUCGCUCGUGCUGUCUGGCAAGUUAGUAGUAUCCCAGAAUCAGCGAGCACUCCACAUAGUGUUCCCACAUCACUUCCUAGACUCGCCUGAGUGGUUUGGCGUGUCUACGGAUGAAUAUUUUCAGGUAUCCAUAAUGGCGAUGGAAGAAUCGCGAGUGUUAGUAUGGCACCGCGACAAGUUAAAGCUGUCGAUCAUGUCGGAUGCAUUCCUGCAAGCGGUGUUCGACCACAUCCUCGGCAGGGACGUUGUGCACAAGUUGAUGCAGGUGAGCGAAACGAUGGCUGUCAGCAACGGUCACUUACCAAACAGUUAUGAGGAAGGCGAAGACAAGCCGAUGUUGAUCGUUAAGAAAAGCGGUGAUGGACCCGGCAUCACGGCAUUGUUGAAUCGACAGUUGCAAGCAACAGAUCCGAACGCAUGGCGCCUGGGCAGAAUCGAAGAGACAGACCACGAGACGCCGGUCUGAGGUCACGCAUUGCACCUAGCGGUCCGACCGCGGAGACGCGAUUACCGUUAGGGCAAGUCUGCACAUGGCGGCCACAGACUAUACACGGACUUUAUCGCGUCUGUGGACGCCGCUUUGUUCCUACGUUGACAGUGACAGAUGACAGCUGACAGAUUCGUUGUGGUCAUAGAUAACAACAUGGAUUGGUUGUGUGUGAAAAAGUCUACUACCAUAAACAUUCGGCAGUGGAGUUCGGUUCGAGGGAGAAUUUGUGUAAAAAAAGUCUACAGGGCUGUCCCCGUUAAAGAAAUAAAAAAGGCUCGAAGCGAUUUCACCGCCAUUUGUUUGGCAGCUAGUGACUAGUACACUAAUUUGAAUGGUAUUGCGUAAGAAUAAAAUAUUUCGACGACGUACAUUAGGUUUUAAAUGGCUUUAAUAUCGUUGCGUUGACGCUUCGCUUUAUCGUAUAUGUUUUUUUGUUAUUUGAAAAAUGAUUUUGGUUGAACUUGUGAUUGAUUGGAUCUCUCUAGUUGUAUUGGACGUUAUUUUCUUAUAAUAAUAUUAUACGACCGUGUCGCGGAGAUAUUUUCUUAUAUUGGAUAGAUUACAAGCUUAUUUUGUACGUGGGAAGCAAUAUUUUUGGGUUUAUUUACAUAUUUAUAAGCUUCGCGAUACAAGGAGUCUAUGUAUAAAUUGACACAAACGAAAAAUAUUAUUUUGUGUACACAUUUAUGUAGAUAGAGAGAACUAGGAAACGUAGUUAUUGGACUGACGUACUUUUUCAAGGCGGAGUUAAAUAUUGUAUAUAAUAAGUGUCUAUGUACAAAAUUAGUUUCGAAUAACGUAAAUGUCGUUGCUAGUGAGAUAGUUAAUGAACAAAAUUGAAGUACUAUUGAAUUGACUUGAUAUAAAAAGGGAUGGUAAUGGAUGCGUUGACAAGGGUUGCCAAUUUUCUUAAUGUGUACAGCUAAAUAAAUAAUUAAUA